AGUGUGCGCAUGCUCACCAGAAGCGGAACUGCUCAGUGUAGUAGGUCCUGUUCAGUAGUACAGUAUCUGACACAGACAUGGAGCGUCAUUUCUAGCUGCGGUGUAUACGUCUACAUUGGACCGGGCAAUACACAAGGAGAGUUCCUUUGUAACGUCGCAGUAUCUCAAAAAGAAUCCAACGAAAUGAUGCGUUUCAUGCUGCUGUUCAGCCGGCAGGGGAAGCUGCGUCUGCAGAAGUGGUACACAGCCACAGCUGAGCGUGACAAGAAGAAGAUGGUCAGGGAGCUGAUGCAAAUAGUGCUCGCUCGCAAACCAAAGAUGUGCAGCUUCCUAGAAUGGAGGGACCUCAAGAUUGUCUAUAAAAGGUAUGCCAGCCUGUAUUUCUGUUGUGCAAUCGAAGAGCAGGACAAUGAGCUGAUCACACUGGAAGUCAUCCACCGCUUCGUAGAACUGCUUGAUAAAUACUUUGGCAGUGUGUGUGAGCUGGACAUCAUCUUUAACUUUGAAAAGGCUUACUUCAUUCUAGAUGAAUUCCUGAUGGGUGGAGAGAUCCAGGAUACGUCUAAGAAAAGUGUCCUGAAAGCCAUCGAACAAGCGGACCUACUGCAGGAGGAGGAUGAGUCACCCAGGAGUGUGCUGGAGGAGAUGGGCUUGGCGUAGUACACAGCAGUGUUGUGACAGACUAUAGGUACUAAGGUAGAGGGCUGGAUGAGAAUGGACAGGAGAGAAAAUGGGAUUGAACACUCAUGGACUGACGGCAUUGGCUCUGUGUAUCUGUGGCUCUGGGGACUGAUGUACAGUGUUUAACUGGGCAAGAGAUUCAGUUAAAGAAUGGAAGAUCCUUGCAUUGACAGGCCCUUAAGCUCUGUGUGUGUGUGUGUGUGCGUGCAUGUGCAGGCAUGUAUGCGUGUGUGUGCAUGUGCACGUGCGUGCGUGCGCAGGCAUGUGUGUGUAUGUGUGUGUAUGUGUGUGUGUGUGUGUGUGUGUGUGAGUGUGAUCCAAGUGUGGGGUAGAGGAAAUGGGGUACACCUAAACUUGUGUGUGGCUGCAGGGGUGUUGUGUGUUGAGGUUUUAUAGGAGGGAGAUGGAGUCCAGCUUUGCUAUCAGUAAUUUAAGAUAAGAACCCACGGUGGAUACUGAUGUUAGACUCAUAGGGAGGCAAGUUUGCUGUUGAUGCACACUGAUGCUUUGAUGAACAGUCACAUCUUGCUGGGAAUGUGAGGUACUGAUUGUGGACUGGUCAGGAAUUUGAAAAAUAAAACAGAAAAAAAGAGAUGGGCUUCACUCAAGUGGUAACUCUGGUGUUACUCUAUAUGUUUUGUAUUUUCAAUGAUUCUCAUGAAAAGACUAAAACCAGCAAUGUGUUAGGUCAUUUCUCAUUACUUUCUUACUGCCCUACACUGUCUGUGGUUCGCAGUCCCAUACUCAUUGGUUGAAGAGGAAAAUAAAUUUUCAUUUCUAUGAAAGGUUAAGUAAUAAAAACAGGUGGAUGCUGUAAUUUUAUUAUUUAUUUAGCCUUUAUUUAAAGUUUACAGUGUUGUUAAUGCGGGUUCAACAGGAUGACUUACUGGUGUGUUUUAAUGGAGCUCUAUGGAACAGAGGAAUCAGCUCUUUCAGGCCUUGGAUAUGCACACAAUACUUCACAGGAUCAUUUCAUUGUUGGUUUUGAUCUUCAUAUGAGAUUUGCUGGCAAUCAGAAAAAUGUAGAAUAUCACCAGACCUUUAAAGCAAAAUUCUGUUACUACACAAUCCUGUAAUCAUAGCAUUUGCCAUUAUUCCUGUUGGUUAUGUAUGUGAUAAUAUAUAACAAGGAAAUGAACACAUGGUGUGCAGGUGAAAAACACAAACUGUUAUCAAUAUAAACACACACAGGAAUGCCACUCUCAUGCAUGUGUAGUGAUAACAACAAAAACUGUGUUCAAAUUAUUAUUCACUUUAAAUUUUUGGAUAUUUUAUUUUUGUAGUUUUGUCCACGAUUCUAAUCAGCUGUUAUUACAUUGUUUACCCAUGUCUACCAAACGGGUCCCAAAUUGAAUUAUAAAAAGAUAGAUACAUGAUCUACCAGCUUACAGGAGAAACCAAAAGUGAGUGCAACUGAAAUGUAUGUUACAGUCACCCAUAGUGUCGUGAAACUGCACAAAUGAUCACUAUCAGCACUAUCAUUUAAAUAUGAAGCAGGAAGCAGCUCUGAGGGAGGAAGUGUUUAUUUACAGCAGACAGUUUGGGUAUUAAAAAGUCACCUUCAUUCUCAGUUCUGGUUCAGAUAAUACAGUCUGUGUUUUUUACAAUGUAAGUGAAACCUCAUCAUAACCAACAGGAUUGAGGGGCAAAACUACAAGUUACAGCACAGGUUGCAAGAAAACAGAAUUUUCUUUUCAUUUCUGCCUUCCCUCUCUAGUUGUUCUGUUACUACUUAGUUCAAAAACUUCCAUAUUAUUACAUUUAUUUGAACUAUUUUUGAUGUGAUUUUUUUGGAGUGAAAUUCAUUCCUGUGUUUGUGAUUGGCCCAUCUUACUUAACACAGCAGGCCCAGGGAUGAUGAACUGCAUUGUGGAAUUGUGAAUAAUGAACCAAAGAUAGAUGAGCCUAAAAUAACUUGUGUACAUAUGAGCCCUUCAUGUGUACUGUAAGCAGACUGAUGUACCAGGUGAGAUGGAAAUGUCAAGUCUGUCUUAUGCAAUUUUAUGAGGUGCAGCUGAGAAUCACAUUCCACUCAGUUUUCCUCCAGGCAGCAGGGAGUACACACUGACAUGGAAGAAAAAGGAGCAGAACUCAGUGUUGGAGUUGAAAUUUGACAUUAUUCUGCUGGUUCUGGGAUCAUUAGGACUAGAUUAAAUUCAUUAAAAUAAUAUGAAUUUUAGUCAAAUACAUCUUAUGGUCACAUCCAUAUUUUUACAAUGUUUUAACUCUUUUUUUUUUUUUAUUUUGUGGUCGUUAAUGAUGUUGGUGAUUUAAAUUCGUGUGAAAUGCAGGAUGAGCAGCCACUGCUAGACUAAUGGAAGAAAAGGAAAAUGGCAGAGUCAGAUAUACACGCUCUUCCUGAAGAGCUUCCACUGGAAAAACUAUAUUGAGGAAAAUAAAUUAUUGCAAGUUGUAUGCAAGCAGUCUUGUUCAUGCUCACUGAUCUUGCCUCGUCAGAGAAGACGAGGUUUUCAAAAGCAAAAAUGUUUUUGCAGGAGCUCAUUAGUGAUGACAAAUUUUUACUUUCUUUAAAUUGGUAUGUCUGAAAUAAUAGUUCCCAUAAAAUCCUAACUGAUUAUUUCUUAUUCAGUGACCAUGCAGUAGGGUUUUCUAAUGAUUAGAGCUAGUCUAUACCUACAAGAUCUUGUUUUUAACUUGACCUCACUGUAGAUACUGUAACAGUGCUUUCAUAAAAAAAAAUCUGUCAUGUAAAAUGGGAGUGGGUAUUAUUUUACACAACUGAAACUUUCAUAUCUUUGCUUGUUUGGGUUUUGCUAUAUUUUCCAACACUAUUAGUCUUACAGGGGAAAAUCUUGCUUGCUUUGCCUUAGAUUGUAUCAGAUUCCUUGAUUGCAACCUUCCUAAUCUAUGAGAGGCUGUUGUUGUUGGAAAAUGGUGGAUGGGUGAAGGAAAGAUUUAAAGUUGGAUGGAGGACUGACUGUUUUUCUUCUCUCUGGGGCUUGCUGUCUUGCUCAGAAAGUUGCUUCAGCACAACCAGACUGUCAUAGAAAGAUGUCUGUUUAUCUAAGUGACAAUGUUCAGGAUGAUGAGAUUAUGCUUAAAGUUUGUGCACUGUGAUCAGCUUGAUUGAUGGGUCACUGUUUUAACUUGUCUUUGACUCUAUUUAUGUAGUGGUCUCCACCUGCAAAAUAUUGGGACAGGCAAAUUGUUAUGCAUAUUAUGAAUACCCUGUAUGUCCUGCUUGGAGCACUGGUUAUGCACAUCCUCAGAGGUAGAUUUAGGAUUUUGGGGUUCGUUACAGUGCUGAAAAUGACCUGGUUUUCUGCAUUCAUUGGUCAUAAAAUAUGAUCUGAUCUUCAUGCAAACACAAUGUCCUUAAGCUAACACACAAACUGUUUUAAUCUUGAGUCUUUGCUGAACACACCCAUUAAAAUGUUACAAUUUUGUUGGGAAAAGUAAGUGAACCCUUGGAUUUAAUAACUGGUUGAACCUCUAACGUUUAGAAGGAAUUUUGGACCAGUCUUCCUACAGAGCUGCUUCAGUUCAGACAUAUUCUGAGGAUGUCUGGUGAGCCACCCAAAGGCAGAUUUCCUUUGUUUGGAGUCAUUCUCUAAUAGAUUUACUUUGAUGUUUGUCCUGCUCUAUGACCUAACUUCUGCUGAGCUUCACCAGGCAGACAGCCACCCUGACAUUAGCCUGUAACAUACCUUGAUAAGCUUGGGAAUUCAUUUUCCCUUCGAUGAUGGUGAGCUGUCCAGCCCAGAGGCAGCAAAGCCCCAAAUCACAAUGCUACCUCCACUGUUCUUCACCACUGGGAUGAUGUAUUCAUGUAGGUAUGCAGUGCCCUUUUUACGCUAAAUGUAGUGCUGCAUGUUCUUUCCAAACAAUUCAACUAUAAGUUUCAUUAGUCCACAGAACAUUCUCCCGGUAGUGUAGUUGUCAGACUGGUCUUUGACAAACUUCAAGCACAGUGUUGUUUUUGUCUUUGGAGAGAAGCAGCUUCCUCCGUGGUGUCCAUGACAGGACACCAUGCUCCGUGAUUUGAUUUGAUUUGAUUUCCUUAAAUCUCUCAGCUGUUACUCGGGGCUUCUUUUUAACCUCACUGAGGACUCCGUAUCGUGCCUUUGGUGACAUCUUAGCUGGGUGCCCACUCUAGGGAGAGAAGCCACAGGAAGUAACUCCUCUCCAUUUAUAGGCAACAGACAACAACCAUUCAUAGGAUAACACUUUAUAUUAAGGUGUGUAUAUUAACCAUUAACUAGUUGCUUUUUAGCAUGCAUAUCAGUAGCGUACUGCCUCUUUAUUAGUAAUUAUAAAGCACUUAUUAAUAUCUUAUUCUGCAUGUCCAUAUUCUACAACUACUAUGCCAAUAACUAAGUUUUCUCUCAAUUACCUCCUAAUUACUGCUUAUUGAUAGGAAGUAAGGAAGUUGUUAUACUUGAAUUACACUCUUAAUAUGCCUUGGUGGUAGGUUGUAGUAUCACAAAAAUAGGCAUUCUCCUUAUUUCCUCCUUACUUAACAAAUAUGGUCUAUUCUUAUGUGACAAAGCACAAAACUAUACGUGUUAACAGUGUCUUAAGCUAGUCAUUAGGCCUAUUUAGAUGCACAGGUUUACCUCCCAAUCAUUUGGCAAAGUAUAACAUAUACACCUUACUGCAACAACACCCUCCCUCACUCUGUUGCGAAGUCACACCUGUCCUGGGAGACUGCCCAGUACUAUAUAAGUCAAUGUACUACUAUUACACAUGCUAGUAAGCAGCUAUUUAAUGGUGAAUAUACUUCAUAUAAAGUGUUACCAGCAGUUGGUUUAACUGUGGACUGAUGAAUAUCGAAAGUCCUCAAGAGGACUUUGUAACCUUUUCCAGCUUUAUCAAAAUCAACUAUUCUUGAUAAGUUAAGUCAAGUCUUGAGAGAUCUCCUCUGUGAGACCUGGUUCACAUCAGCAGAUGCCUCUAGUGAAUUGUAAACUCAGACUGUUGAGUGAUCUGCACCCACUUUGCUGUACUCCAGGAAUACUCAGAGUAUACAGGCAGGUUUGUCAGCAGUGCCAGUUAUGUCAUAGCCCCUUGUAUACACAUACGUGUUAAUAACAAAAUAACAAGCUUUACGCAUUCCAUUGCUUUGAUGAAGUCACUUCCAUGAUGAGGCUCCAAAAUGACUGGCCCACUCUGAACAGUGGUGAACUUGCAUGUUACUUAAUGCACAGUUUAAACAGAAUGAGUCAAAAUUAAGCAAACUGGAGUCCAAACAUCUUCAGAGCUUACCACAGAUCCCAAGGUUGUUCUCUACACACUGUUAACAUUGCAUCACUGCAGUCUUUCAAAUAGAAGUUGUAGUAACCAACCUUUUGUCUACAUUACACUAGUUCACGGAAACAGAGGUGUGAUUAUUGUUGCUUUAAAAAUUGACUGUGGUUACCUUUCCAUGACCAUGUACCAUGUAUGCAAGUUUCUAUGUUGACUCAGAAAUGAAUGAACUUAAUGUGACCUGCUGAUUAUGCUUAUUUGUGCAGAUAAAGAAGUUCUAUUCUAUUGGACUGUUACUCAAAGACUUUGUUUUCUAAGAAGGUACUACAUCGUCAAAUGACCUUUAAGCAAGUAUACUGUAGGUCCAAUACAAAUGAUGAAAAGACAGAGGUCUUUGGCAGGUAUAGGUUGCAGGGCAGUCAGCCUGAACCUGUGUAAAGAUACAACAAAUGGCACAGCAGAGUUAGUUUAAAGCUCUGUUGUCAAUACAGUGACUAGUCCUUUGUUUUCCUCUUCUGAAUUCUGAAUGUUGUAAGAGUAAGGGCUUAAUGUGUAAUCUGAUUGUUUUCUACAAUGUUAGAGAUAGAAUGAUGUGUGAUUUCCAUGUAGUGGAACAAAUGGAAAAGAGGAACACCGGGAACAGAGGCAGAAAAUAUGUUGAGUUAUGAUCUGAUGAACUGCUGCAAAACUUCUUUGUUCAGACAUAUAAAUCAGAAUUUUAAUGAUCUCACUAUUUAAAUAUAUUUUGUUCCUGUGACCCUAAAGGCCUUGGCAUGCCCUAAACAAACUAUUAGAGAUCAGGGAGGUGGUGGGUUAUGACAGCAGACUCUUAGAUGUGGUCAGACACUGUGCACUAACCAAGAAUUUAGUUCUUCUUGUGUAUCUUUUAGUCAUGAUGCAAUAACUGUUAGCACAUUCAGACAUUCAAGUCAGAAAGUUGUUGCAUAUAGCCUUCUGAUAUUGCCCCAAGAAAAUGGUUUUCAAAUGCUGUUGGACAUUCUGACAGGCACUGUAUUUGAAGCAUACAGAACCCUUGGCCCACCUCUUCUGUUCAUUUGAGCCUUUAGUUGACUCUUGCAGCUAAAGCUAUUGCUUUCUAAGGUUGUAUCAUUAAUCUCUUUGGUCAAGUAAGCUCCUCUUAUGCAAUGACUUGUAAUGAAUGUGGUGAUUGUCUUGUUCAUAAAUUGAUUCAUUUAAAAGAGAAUGAAUAAUUAGAUUUUAAAUCAUGUCUUGUUAAAAGUUGUUCAGUUCCUUCAAGGACAAAAAGAUGAGACAGUGCAUGGGUGAGAGCAGUAAAGGGGCCCUAUUGUAGGAAAGCUAAAGGGACUGGAUGUGUGAAUGUAAUUUUAUAAAGAAAUAAAACAUUUUAAGAUCAACUAAA